AUGGAUUCUAAGUCAUCACCUUCUAUUCCAGCCCAGCAGAUAUUAACAAAUGAUGGGAGGAUGUUUCUUAAAUACAGAGGAUUCUAUUACUCUAAAGUAGCCAAGAGUAGGUGCAGAUGGCGCUGUGUCUGUACGAAGACUUGCUACGUGGGUCUGACUGUGUACCCAGACCUUACACCCGUACGAGAACCUGGUAAACAUCACCACGACCCAACCAUGCUUUGCAGGAUGAGCAACGGCAGACACAUGUUCGUGUCUGAUAUAAAAAGAUACUCAAGAUGUCUGGGAGGGGCUCUGAUACCUUCGGGAAAAGGGAAGCAUCCGUUGCUGUUGUACAAAAAUUAUACCUACACGUACAAAGUGCUCUCAGGUACAAAAUUCCGUACAAAGAAAUAUAGAAAGAUAAUGUUCAAUGGUUUCGAAUAUAAGAGAGUUGAAAAGGAGGAUGGUAGUGUUUUUUAUAAGUGCGUUCAAGUACAGAGAGGUUGUUCGGCUUUCUGCUUGCUAAGUUCUGAUGAAACCAAGUUGGAGGUCAAGGGAGGAGUAAAGACGAAUGAAGAAUGGCGCUUGGGUCAAAAACUAAGGUGUCUGGUUUCUUCCAAGCAAUCGGAAGAAGAAUCCUUUGCUGAUGUACAACAAUUACACUUACAAGAAACAAUGGGAGUGCACUUCUGGGAAAGUUAUUUGGUACUGUUCGAAGAGGAAGGAAGGUUGUAA